AUGUCAGCCACUGCAUACACUCCUCAACUUCAGAUUGAUAACUCUGGAUUUGGAGCUAUCGUUGGGCUAUCCAAUGGUGUAUAUCCUGCUGCUCAAACUACGAGCGUCUACGCCAUCAAUAGCAACGUCACGCCAAUGGUAGAUCCAGUCGCUGCUGUAAUUCAAUGGAAGGAUGAAUAUGAAGUCAAGGAGCCAAGGAAAACAACCACUUCGAAGACGUUUGAGCUUUCUACACUUGAUCAAGAUUUCGAAUUGACAUUCAAGUCUGAGCGGAAGUUGGCAACACUAACUCAGCUGGUGGAAUUAACUGGUCGAACAAUUGACGACAUGCGUUCAGCCAUGGUUGAUACAUCAUUUGAGAUCGAUGAGCUUGAGUAUUGGGCGGAGAAGUAUCUAGUGAUCGAGAACAAGCCCAGUCGUGACUUUGAUUUAAAUUUCAGUACUUUCGAGAAGAUGUUGAAAACUACCAACUUCGAGUCUCUUCAUUUGCUGAAACGAUUUGUGCUCUACUUCAUCCACGAGUUCUACGUCUUCGAAGGAUCCGAUAUCACCUACUACAAGUGA